AUGAUUCAAGGAAAUAAACUGGACAAUCGAUCCACAGUGACAGAAUUCCUUCUGAUGGGAUUUUCCGAUGACCGUGAUUUGCAAUUUUUGCAUUUUUCAAUGUUUCUCUUCAUAUACUUAACAGCCUUAAUGGGGAAUUUUCUCAUAAUCAUUGCAGUGGCCCUAGACCACCAUCUUCACACACCCAUGUAUUUCUUUUUGGUCAACCUAUCACUGACAGAUAUUUGUUACAUCUCAACCACUAUCCCCAAAUCCUUGGCCACUUCUUUGACAAAUGACAAAACUAUUUCUUUUGCUGGAUGUGUUGCCCAAGUUUUCUUAGUUAUCACCUGCGCAGGUUCUGAGCUUGUUUUGCUCACUAUCAUGGCUUAUGACCGCUAUGUAGCCAUCUGCUAUCCACUGCAAUAUAUUCUUAUUAUGAGAAAAGAUGUGUGUUUCCACUUGGCAGCUGCUUCCUGGCUAAGCAACUUAAUAGAUGCAUUGUUGCAAACUUGUACCAGUUUUAGUUUAAAUUUCUGUGGGUCCAAUAUGAUUGGCCAGUAUUUCUGUGAUAUCCCUCAGUUGCAAAAGAUUUCUUGCAGUGAUACAAAAGUUAGCAAGUUAGUUAUUUUUAUGACUAUGAUUAUUGUGGAUUCAUUUUGUACUGGUUUAAUCUUUGUUUCUUAUGGCUACAUCUUUUCUGCAGUGCAGAAGAUUCCCUCAGUUCAAGGCAAAUAUAAAGCUUUCUCUACCUGCAUUCCCCACUUGACUGUCUUUUCAUUUUUUAUAAUCACAGGUGUGUUUUCAUACAUGAGACCAAAAGCACUUUCCUCUAGAACUAUUGAUUUGCUCUCUGCUGUUUUCUAUACAGUUCUGCCACCAUUACUGAAUCCGAUCAUUUACAGCUUCAGGAACAAGGAUAUUCAAGCAGGAAUAUGGAAAAUGCCAAAGGAAGUGAGGCAGGUGGAGGAUUCCAAUAAGUGA